AUGAAAAUCAAAUCAUGGAUUAUGUUAUUUAUUUUAAACAAUUGUUAUUACACUUAUGUUGCCUACGACUCGAGUGUUGGCCCGCAAUCACUGGCCAGACCUCCCAAUUACUCGAACGCCGAUUCGUGGACUUCGGAAGAUUUGUUACCCAAAGAGAAAUCUCUAAUUCAUGUGAAGUUAGUGCGUCCAUCACCUAAAACUCUACCGGAAUGGGAGGCCAGAGAUAAAAACCGUUAUCUCUUGGACUUGAAUUUAGACUUUGAUUCGCCAAUCAUAAGUAAAACAUUGAACAACUGUUUGAUUGAGUACAAGGAUGUUGUGAACAGUGAUAUUGAUGGUGAGGUUCAGUGGAGAGUGGAGAUCAGUGGCCCUCAAUGUUCAGUCCUUCCACUCAAUUCAUUACAAUUUGUGGCAAACUUAGUGCAUCUCAUCAUUAAAAAUACAUCCGUCACUGAGUUAACCAAAUUUAUAUUUGGUGCCUCAAAGUUGGACAAACUUAAGAGAAUAGAUCUAAUAUCUAAUAAUCAUUUAAAAGUCAUUAAUGAUCGCACGUUUGAUGGUCUUUCGCAACUCAAUUAUCUUAGCUUUAUUGACAACCGAAGGAUUAGUAUUAUCUCGAGGGAGGCUUUUGUAGGCCUAAAGAGUUUAGAAGAGUUGAUAUGGAUAUCCAACAGUCCAUUAACUCAACAAACAUUUUAUACCCUAACCCGGUCCUCAUCUGCCCGUAUUCUCCCAUCACUAAUGCAUUUACAUAUUUCCGGCCCAUUAGCUAAUCAGUCAUUGUUAUCAUCGGAUCAGUCAUUAAUCCUAAAUAAUGGGACCGAAAACAUUGAUUUACAACCAAAUUCAUUCAGUACACCAAUAAAAGUGAAUAAAGAUGACCUAAUAUUGUUGACACAAUUAAAAUAUCUUCAGUUAACUGAUUGUGAUAUUGAAGCAAUACAUUCAUCAGCGUUUGUACCACUGAGAAGAUCAUUGAUUGGACUAAAUCUUAGUGGUAAUCGAAGACUUGAGUCAUCCAAUCUCAGAGAAGCUCUCAGUCAGGGCUUUCAAAGCAAUACAAGUCAAAGUAUGAUUCAAAUACUAGACAUUUCAAACAUUUUUACCGCAAGAACUCUGCCUAAGGUUAUGCUGAGUGUCAUCAGUAAGACUACAAUACAUACGCUUUAUUUAAAUUACUUGAAGAUCACUGAAAUAUAUUUCGGUGACAUUCCUCCGAUGCCUUAUCUCAAAGAACUUUAUAUUCAAUUCAGUGAACUGGAGUUUAUCGAAGAAAACUCAUUCGCAACGUUGGAAAAUGUGGUGAAACUAAGUCUUCGAGGAAAUUAUUUACGAACGAUUGCCAACAACUUUAUCUACAAUUUACCAAAACUCCAAUAUUUGGAUUUAUCCGGAUAUAAGACGGAUCGCAAUCACUUGGAUAUACCGGACAAGACAUUUGUCGGAACCAAUUUGAUUGAAGUGAACCUAUCGUAUAAGUUAUUGGAUCCGUUGCCUCGAAAUGCAUUUCUUGGAUUGUUUAAAAUGCAAAAAUUUCAUUUAAGAGGUUGCGGUCUCAAGUUUGUCGAAUAUUUGACAUUUUUUCCAUUGAAGUCCACGGCUUAUAUCGAUUUGAGUGAAAAUGAAGAACUAAUAUCAUCUCUUAGAGUGACACAUGAAGACUCUUUCUUCGGUCUCGAAGCUGUAGAAAUGGUUCGCAUGUCUUCAUGUAAUUUGACGGCCCGUGACAUUAACGACGAGGAAAAUAUAUUUAAACGUCUUCACGAAAUGGUCAAACUGUUGGAUCUGAGCCACAAUCUUAUCGAUCAGAUAUCAUCCAAAACAUUCCUCAACUUUACUGAAAUACAAGAAGUAGAUUUAUCGCAUAAUAGCAUAACUUCUUGGACUAACUUUUCGAUAUUUGCUACCAACAAAUACAUCACAACUUUGGACAUCAGUAACAAUAAGAUUACUCAUUUGACGUCAACAAUGCUCGAAGACUUUCAUCGACUUAAGAACUUGAGUUUUGCAUCCAAUCCUUUAAUAUGUGACUGUAAUUCACAAGUGGUGGCCGAUUGGCUCAAUGACACGUCCAUAAAGAUUCAAUACAUUCACAACAGAACUCCAUUGCAUUCAAAAACUCAAUAUUAUUGUCUUAGAGACGGAAAGAAAGUUAGUUUAAAGACAUUGAUAUCCGAAUGCAAAGAACUCGAGUUUGAAACACAACUGAGUCUUACGGUUAUGACUGGUAUUGCAUCGGUAUUACUGGUCAUUACUCUCGUGAUAUUAGUGUUUGCUUUCAUAUAUCACUCAACAAUCCGACAUUUCAUUUAUGGCACUGAAGAGGACUCUUAUGAUUACAUAUACGAUGCUUUUGUCUCUUAUAAUGUCAAUGACUCUGAGUGGGUGUUCAAGCAAUUGGUUCCCAAUAUUGAGAAUACCAGCACUGAUAUGAAUCGCGUGAAACUUUGUGUCUACGACCGCGACUUUAUCGCUGGUCGUCCUAUCAGUGAAUGCAUUUUGGAGAGCAUUAAGACAUCCAGAAAAGUGAUUUUAGUCAUAUCUAAUAACUUUGUUAGGAGUCCGUGGUGUAGGUUCGAGACUGAUUUGGCUCAUAACACUUUAGUCGACCAAAACCGUGACGGACUCAUUAUGAUUAAACUCGAGGACAUCGACUCAUCUAUUAUUGCACCGCAGCUCUACUUUUUGCUCAAAACUCGUAUUUAUCUUCAAUGGAAUACCAGUUGUCUUAAAGAGCAAGAAGUCUUCUGGAAAAAAUUGAGAAGAAUAAUAGUAUUUCAUUUAUGGCUAUUUUGUCGGCCGUCAAGAAUAAGAUUCAACGAAUUGAUCCGAAAAAACAAGAAAAUUUAA